AGUCGGGCAAUAGAAUGAAAUAGAAAAGAGAUUGCCGUGAAAUUUGUCGAUGAUCCUGCAAGCCGAGCCGAGUGGUACAGUUUGAUCUGAUAAACAAAUUCGCGAAACAGUUAUGAUAGGAGAAGAAAAAUUCGCGAAGCAGCGAGAAAAUAAGCCGUUGUGAGCGCUGAACUUGAUUAGCAAAAGUAAAAGCGACAGGGGCGUUUUAAUCGGACUCGUUUGUCAGCAGUCCGAGGAGCGAAUCGCGAGAGUAAAUAUUAAACGGAAAAUUGUAGCGAGAAUUAAAAGCCGAUAAAGGUCCUGCGAUUUUUACAGUCGACCGUCUCGCGAGAGGAUAAACAAUCGGAUUACAGCCGUUUAAAAUGCAGGAAGGCGUAAAAUUGCCGCUCAACGUUUACACCUCUUCGCGGAUAAGCAGUGAAUUGAAAGCAGCCGAUAGCACAGCUAGAGUAAAAGAAAGCUCGAGGCGAGAGUUGAGGAAAGAGCCCGAGAAUUUUCAUAAAGACGCUCGAAACCCGCUCGCCUUCGCGCGGCUUUUUCCUCAGGGGCAGGAUCCGGACGGCCGAUCAAGGCUACUGCGGUUCGCGAAAAAGCUCCGCGUGAUUAAGUCGGACCGGUUGGCUCUUUUUUGCGCAACGGAAACAGCAGGUCCAGCCGCGCCCCCGAGCAUCAUUUUCCGAGAGAGAGAGAAGGAGCCGCGACGCGAUAGGCGUCCCCCACCCGCUGGCGCGCGGAAGUAUCCUUUUGAGAGUGAGCGAGAGAGAGAGAAAGAGAGAGAACCGCGAGGUGAGAAAUAAAGGUCGAGAGUAUAUCUCCCGUGGUGUACCCACUGGCAGCGGCAGUAGCAACAGCUCCUCAAGUUCACCUAAACGAGGCUCCAGCAUCGGACAGUCAGUCUCCCGUGAACUCUCUCGGCGGCUGCUGCAGCGGCUAAUCGCGCGCGCGCGCGCGACUCCUCUUAUCCGUACACCCAUCCGCUGCUGUUUCAUCUCGGACUCCAAAAUGAAAAUCCCGAGCAGCGCUCUCCUCCUGCUAAUCACGAUCCUCUCGGUGGAGUCGGUCCCGCGCAAGCUCCGAUCGUCCGGGCCGCAGUCGAGCAACUCGAUCCCGGGCAGUUCCUCCGAGUCGCCGCCCAACAUCGUCAUGAUCAUAGCCGACGACAUGGGCUGGAACGACGUGAGCUUCCACGGCAGCGACCAGAUCCCGACGCCGAACAUCGACGCCCUGGCUUACAACGGCGUCAUCCUGAACAGCCAUUACGUCUCGGCUCUGUGCACGCCGAGCAGAUCGGCCCUGCUGACCGGCAAGUAUCCGAUUCACACCGGUAUGCAGCACCUGGUGAUUCUCGAGGCCGAGCCCAGGGGACUGCCGCUGCACGAGAAGAUUCUUCCGCAGUACCUGAAAGAGGCCGGUUACGCAACCCACGCGAUCGGCAAGUGGCACCAGGGCUUCCACCGUCGCGAGUACACGCCGACCUACCGGGGCUUCGACUCGCACUUCGGCUACUGGCAGGGUCUGCAGGACUACUACACCCACGAGGUCGGCUCGUCGAACCCGAAGGAGGGCUUCCUCGGCUUCGACAUGCGGCGCAACAUGAGCCUGGCCCGCGACACCUACGGCAAGUACUCGACCGACCUCUUCACCGACGAGGCCGUCCGACUGAUCGAGGAGCACCGGCCCGAGGCUGGGCCCAUGUUCCUGUACUUGGCGCAUCUGGCACCGCACAGCGGCAACGAUAACGAGCCCCUCCAGGCGCCCGACGAGGAGGUCGCCAAGUUCUCCUACGUCGAGGACCCCGAGAGGAGGAUCUACGCGGCGAUGAUGAGCAAGCUCGACCAGAGCGUCGGCGAGGUCGUCAGCGCGCUCAGGAGGAAGAACAUGCUGCAGAACAGCAUCGUCGUUUUCAUGGCCGAUAACGGGGCCGCCACCCAGGGCAUACACUACAACCGCGGGAGCAACUAUCCUCUCAGGGGGAUAAAAGCCAGCGCGUGGGAGGGUGCGGUACGCGGCGCCGCGGCCGUCUGGAGUCCCUUGAUCCAGCGGCCCAAGCGGAUCUACAACGAGCUGAUGUCCAUCGCCGACUGGCUACCGACCCUCCUCAGCGCCUCGGGUCUCCGAGACGUCGUCCGGGUGAGCGCGAACAUCGACGGCGUCGACCAGUGGCCGGCCAUCAGCGGCGUAGCCCCCAGCCCUCCGCGCAACGAGAUCCUCGUCAACAUCGACCCGAUCUUCAACUACUCGGCCCUCCGGAGGGGAGAGUUCAAGUACGUCCUGGGGACCGUCGGCAACGGCGAGGAGUGGUACGGAGAGACCGGACGACCGGAGAACCAGGGACUCGAGGGGGCCAGUCCCACCUACGACCCGGAGACCGUCCUGAUGAGCAAGGCUGGCACCGCCAUCGCCGGACUGCUCACCGCCAAGCAGGUAUCGGAGAUCAGAGCGGUGAGAAAAGACACCUACGGCCGAGUGAAGGAUGACGAAAUGGCCACGUCAAAGCUCUUGACGGUCGACGAAUUGCUCAAGCUCAGAUCCUCCGCCAGUUUGCGCUGCACCGUGCCCGAAUCCGAGAGGGUCGCCUGUCACCCGCUGCAAUCGCCCUGUCUCUUCAACAUCAAGGAGGACCCCUGCGAGCAACGAAAUCUCGCCGCUUCCCGGGCCAUGAUCCUGGCGACACUCGAGGAGGCUCUUCUCAAGUACCGCGUAACGGCUCUGCCUCCGAGCAACGUGCCCAACGACCCCAAGGCCAAUCCUGCCUUCUGGAACCACACCUGGGUCAACUGGCAGGACGACGACCCGUACGAGUUCCUCACCGACAUGGUCGGCAAGAACAAGCUGGAGAACAUCAACGACCGCAUGCCCGGAUCGGUUAUCGCCGUUAUCGCCGUCCUACUGGGUCUCGCGGUCGUCGCCAUCUUCGCGCUCAUCGGACUCAGGUGCAACAAGAAGUAUCACGCGCUGAAGAAGAAACAGCAGCAGUCGGAUUACCGCAACUCGAGGCAUUUCCAAGAGGUACAGCAGCCCAGCGAGACACAGGCGGUACUCGAGCCAGAGGAGAGCCAGCCCAACGGUAAGAUCGUGGAAAGCUUUACGGCGAACGAGACGCGCGACGUGCCGUCCCUCGAGAACAUCGAAUGACGGUGUCGUGUGGGGAGCGCGAGGAAGUCGAAGAAGACGGUCCUGAGGACGAUCGUCUGCAUCACCUGGAUAUGUAGCAAGGAUUGCUCUGCUGCGAGCGUUUCUGAAAAAGCUUGAGAUUAUCGUAUUCAAACGAGCGUUUGGUAUACGAGAAAAAGUUUUUGCGUUCGAAUGACGUGUGUUGAUAGUUUGGAUAGAUGCGAGCUUUAGACGUAGGGUGCGUUUGGGAGCGCGAGUGCGAUUAUAGUAUUUUAAUAGACGUAAGUUUCCUUUUAAAGUGCGAUCUCGAGCACUGAUUACUCCGCAAGUAUUAUAGCUUGAUAUUAAUUUUGUAAAGUUAAGACAAGUUUCGAGUUAAGAUAUAAGUAUUUUUUUUAUAAGCUGUAUAAGCUCGAAAACUUUUUCUGCGUAUCCAAUGUGCUCUGAAUCGCCGAAGCUGGAUAGUAGAUAAACAAGAGUAUUAUUCAAUCGUUCAAGAUUGAAAUUCAAAGGCAAUAUUCGAAAAAAAGAGUAUAAAAAAGGAAACGCAAAGGUGCUCAGGCCUCGCUCUACCUCACCAACAUGACUGCUUAACUCACGCACACACUCCCGUCGAUACGCGCUAGAAGUCGUACCGGCGUCGAGUGGAAAGAUUCUACAAUCCUAGAGAUUCAACGUUUACACCUAUGUAUAAAGCAUAUGCUCUCGAAAGCUACAAAAAGGGGAUAUUUUUACAAAACGUAAAAAUCGCAUCUCGCUUCUUAUUCGAGCAGCGACAGUAAAUGUAAAACCCAUGAUCUUGUAUAUAUAGAUAUAUAUAAUAAAAGCCUAGCAAGGCUCAUUUAUUUCCAAA